GCCCCCGCCCUCGGCCGCCGCCAUGGAGGGCCCGAGCGGCUCCGAGCCGCGGCCCGUGACCCUGGUCAUUAAGACGCCCAACCAGCGCUACAGCGACCAGACCAUCCGCUGCCCCGCCGAGUGGACCGUGGGCCGCCUCAAGGCGCACCUGGCGGACGCGUACCCCGGCAAGCCCUCUCCAAAGGAUCAAAGACUGGUGUACUCUGGCCGCCUGCUUCCUGACCAUCUGCAGCUGAAAGAUAUUGUCAGAAAACAAGAUGAAUAUCAUAUGGUCCAUCUAGUCUGUGCUUCUCGAACUCCUCCCAGUUCCCCACAGCCCAGCAGCCGGAGAGGCAGUGAGGAAGCAUUGACCUCCAUCAGCAGUUAUAGUUCAGAUAAUUCGGGAUCAUCAACGCCGUCUUCGAGUCAGGAGUCUCUGGCUCCCACAGUCAGCUCUGGCUCCGAAGGACUGAGGUUCCGGAGCUCUCCACAAGCACCAGCCGAUCCCGAGCAAAGCCUUCAGUUCCCAUACGUCAUGCAAGGAAACAUUGGGGAUCAGUUUCCUGGGCAGGCUCUCCCAGCUGGAUUCCCUGUCUACCCUGCAUUCAGCCCUCUCCAAAUGCUCUGGUGGCAGCAGAUGUACGCCCGGCAGUAUUACAUGCAGUAUCAAGCUGCUGUUUCAGCCCAGGCCACAUCCAAUACUGACCCAGCCCGACCUGCUGCUGCUCAGGCUCCCGGUCUGGCCAAUGUCCCUGCCCAGGACCCCCUGCCCGGCCCGAAUGCCAGGGCGCCAGACAACCGAGCCCUGAAUCCGAAUGUGCAGAUGAAUGCCCAGGGAGGCCCUGUGGUCAAUGAGGAGGACUUAAACCGAGACUGGCUGGACUGGAUGUACACGUUUUCUAGAGCCGCUAUCCUCCUUAGUAUUGUGUACUUCUACUCCUCCUUCAGCCGCUUCAUCAUGGUCAUGGGUGCCAUGCUGCUGGUCUACCUACACCAAGCUGGAUGGCUUCCCUUUAGACAAGAAGGAGGGCAGCUCCAGGUCCCCAAUAAUGCCGAUGUGAACCACGAUGGGCAGAAUGGGAAUAAUCCAGACCUUGAAGAAAUGGAGCGUCUGAUGGAUGACGGACUUGGCGAUGAGAGUGAAGAGGAUGCCGGGGAGGACGCCGGGGCUGGGCCCCAGCCUGGGCUCAUGGCUUCAGCCUGGUCCUUUGUCACCACCUUCUUUACUUCACUCAUCCCGGAAGGGCCUCCCCAGGUCGCCAAUUAGACCUGACCACCUGUGCCAGCCAGGAACGAGCUGUACUGAGAAGUGGGUUUGACUGGAGGGGAAGUGUUUUAAAUAACAGUGCAAUUUCAAGAAAAUUUAUAACUUUCUUUUGAUCAUGUUGUAAAAAAGUGUUUUUUUUUCCAGCUUCUCAUGCACAUGAAUAUUUUCAGCACAAGUGAGCUACAAAAUAUGUGCUUUUUUAAACAUCCUUUAAGGAGGAGCACAGUGUGACAAUGUUGGUCUUCCAUGUUUUAUUCAUUUCAAUUACGGAUAUUAUAGCAAGAAAAUAAUUAUUGUUAGUGCAUAUUAUUCCUUUAAAGAGCUGUUUAAAAUGUAAAUGUCUACAGCAAGGAGCCUUGUCUGUGGUCCUUGAACAAUGUGAAAUUUGAAUAAGUACGCCUAUUUUCUGUGAACAACCCUCAAAGUUAAGAAGAUGAUUUUUAUACUUAACAGUUUUUCCAAAGAAUGCCCGUCACACAAAAUGUGCUAGCGUUAUCUUUUCUUCUGCAGUACAGCAAUAAAAACCUUCUUAAUGCUUCUUGAAAGCUUGACAGUUUUUAAACAAGUUUUCUGAUGCCAGAAUCAAUUACGGAACUUUUCUUUUGUAGAAUAUGCCCUAUUAAUUGGAACUAACCCUUUAAAAACAAAUAAACAAGCAGCUCUUCAAGGGGAUUAACAGUGACGUUUGAUUCAUUACAAAUGUUUGAUAUAUACAGUACUUUUUAUAAAAUGAGAUGUACUGGAAAUCAGUCCCUGUAAUUAGUUUUUUUAAUAAAAGGUCAAUUACAGUAA